AUGGAUGCAAAUUAUCUAUAUUUGGAAGGACUUCCAGAAGGAAUUUCAAUGGCAGAAUUAUCAAAAGCAAUUAAUUCUGUAAUAAAAUGUGAUAUUAUGCAUAUGAUGCAAUAUCAUACUUCUUAUGGUGUAUUUGAUUUUCGUUCUGCUUUAGCAAAACUCAAAUCACCUCUUCCUAUAUCGCAAACAUUUCAAUUUAAAAAGUCUCCUUUCUCAAUUAAAAACCAAGAAGUUACACUUAACUUUAUAUCUAAAGCAGACUCAUUCAAUUUACAUUUUCUAUUUUUCAACGUACGCAAAAAUGAUGUUCAAAAUGCUUUAGCCGCUGAUUUUGAUCAAGAUAUUCUUCGUUCAUUUGUUGAUAUUCCUGGACAUUACAUCAAUGUCACUUCUAUGCAAGUAACCGAUAGAGAAUACACUCUAAAGAAGUUACACAAUUUCAGAAGAUAUGAAUGGAAGCCAGUUAUCUCUGAUCCGGUCCCAUUUGAGAUUCCAUCUUCCGACUUAAUGAAUAUUGUUAACUUUACGAAACUUCAUGAUAUGCAAUUACUCUAUUACAAGAAGAAAUUUGGAAUUUGCAAGUACAUUGCUUCAAAUUAUUCAAAUUAUAUCGCCAAAUCCAAAGACAGAAUCAUUAUUUUACCAAAACUUGAAGGUCCUAUAGAUGACAUUAUUGAUUACCUCUGGGGAAAAUCAAUCAGAUUAUCCAUCGAAAAAUUACCAUUCUUAGCUUUAAUUGCAGAGUUUCUAGAAUCAGAUAGUCUCAAGAAAAUGAUUGAAACCUAUAUUUCAGAAAAAGUUCCAAAGGAAUCUCUUCCUGCUUUGGAAGUUUCAUUCAAAUUCUGGAAAGCACCUUUCCCAUCAAUAUAA